AGAUCCUCCACCGCCACCACAUCGUCGAACUCGGGGUCCAUCGCGCCCGGAAGCGGCGCCGGAAGUGAAGGCGGACGUGACGGCUUAUCCCCGCCCCUUUUCCCCUCCCCGCGCCGCUACUGGCCGCUCCCCUGAGCGCCGCGCUCUGAUUGGCUGGAGCGCGCGUGAGGCCCGCCGCCAUUGGCUCCGCCCCGCGUCAAUCACCGCCUCAGCCGCUGCCGCCAUGGCCGCGUACCGGGUGCGGGUCCGCACCGGCACCGCUCCCGCCGCCGGCACCAGCGACGCCAUCGCCGUGACGCUCGUGGGGACCCGCGGGCGCAGCCCCAGAACGCCCCUCGACCGCUGGGGGCCCGACUUCGUCUGCGGCGCGGUGACAGAGUACACCGUCCAUGUCCCCCGUCCCCUGGGGCGGCUGCUGCUCGUGCAGGUGCACAAGGGGCCCUGCGGGGGCCUCCCCGAGAGCUCCUGGUACCUGGAGACCCUCAGCGUGUGGGGACAGUUUGGGGACACCGCCAGGGACACUGCAGAGCACGGGGACAGCGAGGACAGCGGGGACAGCGAGGACAGCGAGGAGGAGGAAGAGGACAGCGAGGACGAGGUGACGGAGGAUGAGGGGACAGAGGACGAGGGGACAGGGGACAGUGAGGGCGGUGACACUGCAGGGACAUCGGCAGUGCCACAGGUGACACCUGUGGCGGUCCAGGUGACAUCAGCAAUGCCACGGGUGACACCUGCGAUGGCACAGGUGGCAUUGGCAGUGCUACAGGUGACACCUGUGAUGGCGCAGGUGACAUUGGCAGUGCCACGGGUGACAUCUGUGAUGGCACAGGUGACAUUAGGUGACAGGUGUGAUACCACAGGUGACAUCGGCGCUGCCACAGGUGCCACCUGUCAUGGCACAGGUGACAUCAGGAGUGCCACAGGUGCCACCUGUGAUGGCACAGGUGACACCUGCGAUGGCACAGGCGACAUUGGCAGUGCCACAGGUAACGGGUGUGAUACCGCAGGUGACAUCGGCAGUGCCACAGGUGACACCUGCAAUGGCACAGGUGAUGUCACCACUCAGGAAAGCGACACCUCUCACGCUGUGGGUGGUGUCACAACCUCCGCAGGUGACAGCUGUGACACCACAGGUGACGCCACUUCCGUGGGUGACACCUGUGGCGCUGCGGGUGACGUCACAAUCUCUGUAGGGGACGCUUGUGGCACUAUAGAUGAUGUCAUCUCUGUAGGUGACACCUGUGGUAUUUUAGGUGAUGUCACCAGCUCUAAAAGUGACACCUGGGACACUGUGGGUGACAUCACCUCCGCAGGUGACACUGGUGACAGUACAGGCGGCGUCACCCCCGCAGGUGACACCAAUGAUGUGAGAGGUGACGUCACCCCUGCGGGUGACACCGGUGAUGUGAGAGGUGAUGUCACCCCCGCAGGUGGCACCUGUGACAGUACAGGCGGCGUCACCGCCGCGGGUGACACCCAUGAUGUGAGAGGUGACGUCACCCCUGCGGGUGACACCUGUGAUGUGAGAGGUGACGUCACCCCUGCGGGUGGCACCCGUGAUGUGAGAGGUGACGUCACCGCCGCGGGUGACACCGGUGAUGUGAGAGGUGACGUCACCCCCGCGGGUGAUACCGGUGACGUGAGAGGUUAUGUCACCCCCACAGAUGACACUGGUGAUGUGAGAGGUGACAUCACCCCCACGGGUGACACCAGUGAUGUGAGAGGUGACGUCACCGCCUCAGGUGACACCCAUGAUGUGAGAGGUGACGUCACCCCUGCAGGUGACACCGGUGAUGUGAGAGGUGACAUCACCCUCGCGGGUAACGCUGGUGAUGUGAGAGGUGAUGUCACCGCCGCAGGUGACACCGGUGUCCCCGCAGGUGACCCCGAUGACGCCGCCCACGCCGGGCCCUUCCACUUCCCGUGCUACCGCUGGCUCGAGGGCUACGGCACCUGGGAGCUGCCCGAGGGCACAGCCACCACGCCGGCCAUGGAGCGGCACCCGCGGCUGCAGCGGCAGCGCCGGAGGCACCUGGUGCAGCAGCGCCAGCGCUACAGGCUGGCCCCGUUUGCCCCCGGCCUGCCCUGGGCGCUGCCCCACGGGACACCCCUGGAUCCCGACCUGAGCUACUCCCUGCCCAAGGCCACGGCCUUCUACCUGCGGGGCAGCGCCGUGAACCUGGAGGCCAAGCUGCGAGGGUUCCUGGCCCGGCCCAGCUCCUGGCCCAGCGUGGAGGCCAUGACACGCGUGUUCCGCUGCUUCCACACCCCCAUCACCGAGUACGUGGUGCAGCACUGGCAGGAGGACGCGUUUUUCGGGGAGCAGUUCCUGAGCGGGGUGAACCCCGUCCUGCUGCGCCGCUGCCCCCGCCUGCCCCCCAACUUCCCCGUCACCCCCCCGAUGGUGGCCCCCAGCCUCGGCCCCGGCACCUCCCUGGGCAGGGAGAUGGAGGCGGGGAACAUUUACCUGGCCGAUUAUGGGGUGCUCGAUGGGCUCCCCACCGCCCUCAUCGACGGCCGCCCCACCUUCGUGGCCGCCCCCCUUUGCCUCCUGCACCAGCGCCCCGACGGGGAACUGCGGCCCCUCGCCAUCCAGCUCUCUCAGCAUCCAGGUCCCGACUCGCCCAUUUUCUUGCCCGAGGACCCUCCGUGGCUGUGGGCUCUGGCCAAGGCCUGGGUGCGCAGCGCCGAGUUCCACGUGCACGAGGGGCUCACGCACCUGCUGCGGGCUCACCUGCUGGGUGAGGUGUUCGCCCUGGCCACCCUGCGCCAGCUGCCCCCCCAGCACCCCGUCUUCAAGCUGCUGGUGCCCCACACCCGGUUCACGGUGCAGAUCGGGGCCCUCGCCCGGCGCUUCCUCCUCAACCCCGGGGGGGUCUUCGACAGGGCGGUGGCCCUGGGCCGCCGGGGGCUGCUGGCCCUGGUGGCCCGGGGGCUGCGGGAGCUGCGCUGGCGCUCGCUGGUGCUGCCCCGGGACCUUCGGCACCGCGGCGUCACCGGCACCGCCCGGCACCACUUCGGCCACGACGCCACCAAGGUGUGGGGAGCCAUCCGCAGGUUCGUGGGUGCCCUCCUGGCUCUCUUUUACCCCUCGGACGGCGCCGUCCGGGAGGACCCCGAGCUCCAGGCCUGGGUCAGGGAGAUCUUCCGGAGGGGCUUCCUGGGCCGGCGGCGCUCAGGGGUGCCCUCCCGCCUGGACACCGUGCGCGGCCUGGUCACCUUCGUCACCACCAUCAUCUACACCUGCUCCGCCCACCACGCGGCCACCAACAGCGGCCAGUUCGAGCUGUCGGCGUUUCCCCCGAACGCCCCCGCGGCCAUGCGGCAGCCGCCGCCGCGCUCCAAGGCCGCGCUGUCCGAGCGGGAAUUCCUGGCGGCGCUGCCGGCCAUGAACACCACGGCCACGGUGCUGGCCGUGCUCUGGGUGCUCCGCAACGAGCCCAUGGACCUGCGGCCCCUGGGCCACUACCCCGACCGCCACUUCACCGAGGGGCCCCCCCGGCGCCUGAUCCGGCGCUUCCGGCGCCGCCUGCGCCGAAUCUCCCGUGAGAUCCGCGCCCGGAACCAGGGCCUGGCCCGGCCCUACCCCUACCUGGACCCCGAGAACAUCGAGAACAGCGUGGCCAUCUGAGGGGGCCAAAACCACCCCAAAAUACCCCAAAACCACCCCAAAAACAUCGAGAACAGUGUGGCCAUCUGAGGGGGUCAAAAACCCCCAAAAUACCCCAAAACCACCCCAAAAUAGCCCAAAAAUACCCCAAAAUAGCCCAAAAACACCCCAAGGACAUCGAGAACAGCGUGGCCAUCUGAGGGGGUCAAAAAACAUCCCGGAAUAGCCCAAAACCACCCCAAAAUAGCCCAAAAAUACCCCAAAAUACCCCAAAAACACCCCAAGGACAUCGAGAACAGCGUGGCCAUCUGAGGGGGUCAAAAACAUCCUGAAAUAGCCCAAAACCACCCCAAAAUAGCCCAAAAAUACCCCGAAAAUACCCCAAAAACACCCCAAGGACAUCGAGAACAGCGUGGCCAUCUGAGGGGGUCAAAAAACAUCCCGGAAUAGCCCAAAACCACCCCAAAAUAGCCCAAAAAUACCCCAAAAUACCCCAAAAACACCCCAAGGACAUCGAGAACAGCGUGGCCAUCUGAGGGGGUCAAAAACAUCCUGAAAUAGCCCAAAACCACCCCAAAAUAGCCCAAAAAUACCCCAAAAUAGCCCAAAAACACCCCAAGGACAUCGAGAACAGCGUGGCCAUCUGAGGGGGCCAAAAACAUCCCGAAAUAGCCCAAAACCACCCCAAAAUAGCCCAAAAAUACCCCAAAAUACCCCAAAAACACCCCAAGGACAUCGAGAACAGCGUGGCCAUCUGAGGGGGUCAAAAAACAUCCCGGAAUAGCCCAAAACCACCCCAAAAUAGCCCAAAAAUACCCCAAAAUAGCCCAAAAACACCCCAAGGACAUCGAGAACAGCGUGGCCAUCUGAGGGGGUCAAAAACAUCCUGAAAUAGCCCAAAACCACCCCAAAAUAGCCCCAAAAUACCCCAAAAUAGGCCAAAAAUACCCCAAAACCACCCCAAAACCAUCGAGAGCAGCGUGGCCGUCUGAGGGAGCCAAAAACACCCCGAAAUACCCAAAACCACCCCAAAAUAGCCCCAAAAUACCCCAAAAUAGCCCAAAAACACCCCAAGAACAUCGAGAACAGCGUGGCCAUCUGAGGGGGCCAAAACCACCCCAAAAUACCCCAAAACCACCCCAAAAACAUCGAGAACAGUGUGGCCAUCUGAGGGGGUCAAAAACCCCCAAAAUACCCCAAAACCACCCCAAAAUAACCCCAAAAUAGCCCAAAACCACCCCAAAAUAGCCCAAAACCACCCCAAAAACAUUGAGAACAGCGUGGCCAUCUGAGGGUGCCAAAAACCCCGAAAUACCCCAAAACCACCCUAAAAUACCCCAAAAUACCCCAAAAUAGCCCAAAACCACCCCAAAAUAGCCCAAAAACACCCCAAAAACAUCGAGAACAGCGUGGCCAUCUGAGGGGGUCAAAAACCCCCAAAAUACCCCAAAACCACCCUAAAAUA